AAUGCUAAUUAAUGGUUAAGAUUUACUAAUGGUUAUUACAGCCAUUGUACAUAGAGAAUUGGGAUGCUGCAUGAAAUGUAGAACGACCCAGAAUUUAAUUAAAUGGCUUAAAGAAAAAGAGUGGUGUGGGGUCAUCCUUGUAUAGGUUUGCUCAAAGAUGGAGCUGUAAGUUGUAACUAAUAACGAACUGUUUUACUUCUGCAGCAAGUGUUUGAAGAUUCGCAUUCUGCUACCCGCAAACCCUAAUUCCCCAAAUCUCAAUUUCUAAUUUAUCCAAUCUAAUUGUUUCUCAUAUGUCAUCUUCUAUGUUCAACAACAACAGCAUUUCGAUCUCCGUCUCAGACGACGAUUCGGACGAACUCGGUCGGAUGCGAGUCCGAGUCCGUCGAAAACGAAAGAAACAACACAACCGUUUAAUAAAAAACAAAGAAUUAGCUCACCGUCUUCUCAGAUUUCUCUUAAAAUAUUGGAUGCUUCUGAUUCUCUUUGUUGCUGUUGGAUUACUCUUAUUUGAAGCCUCUAGAAUUACGAAAACACCGCGUUUGGAUGUGAAAUCGGAACACGAUGCGAAGAGGACACCACAUUUAAAGGGCGACUUGAAAGCUGUUGAACCGAAGAAUUUGGAUCGACUUGACCCACCUCGUUGCUUGAAGCUAUUACCUAAUGAAGAACUUCAACAUUUGGAUAUUCCUAUGCAUGAUGAGAUCAGUGGUGCUAUUAAAAAUGUGGUGUACAUAUCAGAUAAAGACACACAACAACAUAGAGGGAAGAGUAAUACUACUCUGUCUGGACUGCGCACUGAGGUUACGCGAUUUAAUUUAUUUACCGGAGAUCAAACACUUGAACAAAGAGAGAGAAGUUUUAAGGUGAGUGACACAGCUGAAUUGCACUGUGGUUUCUAUAGUGACAAUGGGGGGUUUAAGAUUUCUGAUGAGGAUAAAGGUUAUAUGCAAACCUGUAAAGCUGUGGUGUCUACUUGUGCAUUUGGUGGUGGAGAUGACCUUUAUCAACCUAUUGGAAUGUCAGAUACAUCACUUCAAAAGGUUUGCUAUGUUGCAUUUUGGGAUGAGAUCACUCUAGCAGCUCAGGAAUCAAAGGGGCGUAAAGUUGGCGAGUACCAUUUUAUUGGAAAAUGGCGGAUUGUGGUUGUAAGGGAUCUUCCUUUUACAGACCAAAGGUUGAAUGGUAAAAUCCCAAAGAUGUUGGGACAUCGGCUUUUUCCCAAUGCCAAGUACUCCAUUUGGGUAGACUCAAAAUCCCAAUUUAGAAGGGAUCCACUAGGUGUUCUGGAAGCUCUUCUGUGGCGUUCAAAUUCUGUAUUAGCAAUUUCACUACAUGGAGCUCGUAGCAGUGUGUACGAGGAAGCUGUAGCUGUUGUGAAGAAACACAAAGCCACCCCAGAAGAAGUUGAGGUUCAGUUGUCUCAAUAUCGACGGGAUGGCUUGCCUGAAGACAAGAGAUUCAAUGGAAAGAAGGCUUUAAAUGAAGCCUCAAUCAUUGUGAGGGAGCAUACGCCAUUAACUAAUCUGUUUAUGUGCCUCUGGUUUAACGAAGUGGUGCGCUUCACUUCUCGGGAUCAACUGAGUUUCCCAUACGUGCUUUGGCGGCUGAAAUUGCUGAAGGACAUCAAUAUGUUCCCUGUUUGCAUUCGUAAAGAUCUUGUUAAUAGCAUGGGCCACAUAGGCAAGGCUAAGCCGUUGACAAAUUGACUUUUGGUGCUUUAGUACUGCAUUUUCUGUUCCACAUCUUUAAUUACCCGAACGGUGAGGCUGACCAGCUAGCAGGCUGCAUUCCUUCACGAUUCGUUGACGUUAAAUACGUCCUUGGACGAAUUGGUCCGCUACAAUUAUUUUCCCCCUUUUUCUCUUUUCCUUUGUAAGUUCUUUACCUCUUUUUAUUACUUUGAUCAUGAUCAACCUGUAAAUGGCUAGAGGAAAUUUUGUAUUUAUAUGCAUAUUUCAUUUAUUAGAGCAAAGCAGAAAAAAGGGAAGAGCUAAUCUACGUAAACUUUUUAUGUAUCAACAUGAAUAGCACUUUACUUUAUGAACAUAAAUUGAGAUGCAUAUUUUAUUA